GCCGGUGGCGGAGGCGGCCGCCAUGUCCCGCCGGGGCCCCGCUCAGGACUCGGGCACCCCCAGGCGCAGGCCGGCACGGGCCAUGGGGCCGCGGGCCGGGCAGGGGGAGGUGCAGGAGCUGCGGGAGCUGCGGAGCCGCACGGAGCGGGCGGAGAGGAGGCUCCUGGCCUGUGAGAACCUGGUCGGGGAGCUGGGCAGCAACCUGGCUGCCCUGGGCAACCUCCUGCAGGGCUACGGCCACCUCCAGCAGAGGCUGGACAACGUGGAGAACCUGCUGAAGAACAGGAACUUCUGGAUCCUGCGGCUGCCCCCGGGCUCCCGGGGAGAGGUCCCCAAGGUGCCGGUGACGUUUGAUGACAUCUCCGUGUACUUCAACGAGCAGGAGUGGGAGCAGCUGGAGGGCUGGCAGAAGGACCUGUACAGAGCUGUGAUGAGGGGCAACUACGAGACCCUGAUCUCCCUGGACUACGCCGUGUCCAAGCCCGACAUCCUCUCCAGGAUGGAGAGGGAUGAAGAUCUCUGCCUCAGAGAGGGGCAGGAGCUCCCCCAGACACAUCUGCAAGACAGUCAGGAGCUCCCCCAGGAACCAGAAGAGAUGGACCAUGUGGAAGAGGCUUUGGAGGAAGAUGAAGUCCCCAUGGACACUGACAUGGACCACGACGUGUCCAAGCCUGGUGUGCCAUCCCAGAAGAGGGAUGAAGAGCUCUGCCUCAGAGAGGGGCAGGAGCCCCCACAGAAGGAUGUGUCAGACAGUCAGGAACCCCCUCAGACAGGUGUCCCAGAGGGCCAGAAGGCCUCUCAGGUAGGUGUCCUGAAUGGUCAGAAGCCUCCUCAGACAGGUGUCCCAGAAGGCCAGAAGUCCCCUCAGACAGGUGUCCCAGAUGAUCAGGAACCCCCUCAGGCAAGUGUCCCAGAUGGUCAGACGUCCCCUCGGACAGACGUCCAGGAUGGUCAGGAACCUCCUCAGACAGGUGUCCCAGAUGGUCAAAAGUCCCCUCAGACAGGUGUCCCAGAUGGUCAGAAGUCCCCUCGAACAGACGUCCAGGAUGGUCAGGAACCCCCUCAGGCAGGUGUCCAGGAUGGUCAGAAGCUCCCUCAGACACCAGAAGAGACAGACCAGAAGAAAGCAGCUUUGGGAGAAGAUGAAGCCCCUACAGCAACUGGCAGAGGUGAGUCAGCCCUUCCCAACCUGGUGAAGAACAUCACGUCCCUGAAGGCACAGGAAGAGAAGCUGUGCAGGGAGGAUCAGCCUGGGACAGAGGUGGAAGCGGAUUUGGAAGAGUCCAGCACAGAGGAAAGCUUCUCGCUGGAGAACGAAGCGGCGUGUGAAGGAGCUUCUGAAAAGAUGGAGGUGAAGAAGGAAGAGGAGCAAGAGGUCUCUGCGCCUUCUCCCAGCUCAGACAUCCAGAAAUGCCCCAAAAACGAGAAGGCCAAGAGCAAGAAGAAGCCCAGCAAGUGCGAGAGCAGCAACCUGCUGAUGGGGAACUGCCGGCGGGGCUACGUGCGGGAGUGGUCCCACCCCUGCACCGAGUGCGGGAAGCGCUUCCGCCUGAAGAUCAACCUGAUCAUCCACCAGCGCAGCCACGCCAAGGAGGGGCCCUACGAGUGCGGCGUCUGCGAGAUCAGCUUCGCCGACAAACGCCACCUGGACCUGCACCAGAGCAUCCACAUCAAGGACAGGGCCUUUGGAGCCAAGGUCUGGGGGAACGUCCACCCGGAGCUGAGGAUCCGGCCGAGGAGGAAGUUCUGCGGAACGCUCUAUGGGGGUGGUCACAGCCUGGGCAGUGGGACGUGUGCUGGGGGGUCCUUGCUGGGCCAGCCCAAGGAGGAGCUGGACAGAGGGAGCCUGCAGAGCUCCAGGCCCUCUUGGAAAUGCACCUUUUGCAAAAAGACACUCUCCUGCAGCUUCUCCCUCCAGCGUCACCUGCAGACCCACGUGCAGAACAGGCCCCACUGCUGCAGCACCUGCAACAAGUGCUUCACCCGCAGCACUCACCUCGUGCGCCACCAGAAGAUCCACGAGCGCCAGAGAGCCCAGGCUGCCCAACUCCAGCACCAGGCACCCGGGUCCCCGGGGGCUCCUGAGGGUGGGAACGUUCCUCGCCCACCGACCCAGGAACCCGAGAGGAACGUUACUCCUGCAGCCAAAGCCCCUGCGGCCAACGGGCUCCCGGAUGGCUCUGGACAACCUGGAUCGCCGGGUAGAAGCUGCCAGGGCAGGGCUGGGAAAGGCAUCCAGCCCGUGGUUAGACUGGGAAGUAGGGCAGUGGUUUCGGGAACGACGGAGAAAUGACACCGGGAGCCAUCCCAGCUACUUGUGUCCCUGGAGAGAAACCACGGGGGGUUGUGAACCACCUGUCUGGAGUUUAGGAGCUUUCCUUAAUUGUAGAAGGGAGCAAAAGCUUGGAUACCACCGCAGAGAGCCAACUGCUGAAGCCUCCAGUCAUCCCAAAUGCUUCACCAUUCCUCAGGCUCUCCUGUCUGCUGGCUGAUGCACAGAGCUUCCCCAAGCUGACCUUCCUGGGAGACCUCCAGGUCCAUCUCCUGCAGCUGAACUGCCAACAGCAGCUGAGCUCCCCUGUUAGGUGAUGCUGGAGCUGACCCUUUGGAAAGACAAUUCCACGAUGAAGAAGACAGGGAGAAAGGAAUCCAGCUGCUGAGCCAGGUGGGAUUCCCAAGGAGUUUUCACUGACCGAGUUUCUUGACCAAGAUGCUGGAUGAAGAGAACGUGGCAUCUCCAACACCCCCAUCGUGUCCUGGCUGCGCUGGGGGAUCACCCACCCUGCUGAGAUCCACCAACCCCUCCAUCAGGCUGGGAACACCCCAACAUUCCAUCAAGAGACACGUAGAAAAAAUCCAUCCACAAUCAUUUUCCACUUGUGAGGGUGCUGUGCCUGUUCCCGAGGUUCUUCUGUCGUCGAGGCCAACCUGCCAGAGCCAGGAACCCCCUGGAGAGCUGAUUCCCUCAGGACCAGCCUGCACAGGUGGAGUCACUUUAGAAACAUUUAACGGGUGGGAUCACCCCAGAGCUCCUGCUCGGGACCAGGGACUAGCCCCUCUGCUCGGAGCCAUGGCAGAAGCUCCUUCUCUCCAAACUGCAAAGUGUCCCCUAGUGCCACUGUCACUAAUCCUAGGGAGACUGGUUCUGCAGACCGGGUCUGCUAGCUACCUCAAGCGUCUUGUGGAGUGAGACCUGCCCGAGGGCAGGCAGGGCAACGGGAGCCUGGCAAGCCAUGAGAGCCGGGCUGGAUGUGGCUCCAGUGUCCCCAGGGAUCCCUGGAACCAUGUGUGUCCACGGCCAGAGCCCUGUCUCAUUGUUGGGAAGCAGGAACUGGGUGCGGAGCGAGGAAGCGGGCCCUGGUGGCAUCGCCGUGCAGACCCAGCGGAGCAGCUGGUGGGACUCCUGAGAUUAGUUUUCCAGAUCUUUUUGUUGAUUGUUGUGUUUUUUUCUUCCCAUCAAGUUGUUUGCUGUA